AGGGCAGCGGGGCAGAGGUGCAGAUGAAAAGAGCCUAGAGAAACUACUUCUUCAAGCUCUGAUAUACAACUACCAGACCUCCAAAAUAAAAAUGAAUGGGCAGAAGCAGUGGACGAGGGUGGCUGUGCUGGCACUGCUGGUGCUAACGGUGAUGGCAGCUGAAGGAGGCAAAGCAGAGAAACAAGGGAAGAAGGAGCGCAAGUCGGACUGCGGGGAGUGGCAGUGGAGUGUAUGUGUGGCCAACGAGGGGGACUGUGGACUAGGCACCCGGGAGGGAACGCGCACCGGCACUGACUGCAAGCAGACCAUCAAGACCCAACGCUGCAAGAUCCCCUGCAACUGGAAGAAGAAGUUUGGAGGGGAAUGCAAGUACGACUUCCAGGCAUGGGGGGAGUGCGACCUGGCGACGGGCAAGAAGAACCGGACGGGCGUGCUGAAGCGAGCGCUCAUGGACGCGACCUGCGCCGCCACCGUCACCGCCACCAAGCCCUGCGGGAAAAUCCCCAAGACCAAGCUGCAAGACGCAAAGAAGCAAAAGAAGGAGGGCAAGAAGCGAGAGCGCACCCAAAUGGACUGAUGAGGUUGUUUGUCCCAGGGAGGAAGGAAGAAGAGGGUGGAGAAAUGUCCACUGCCCCAUUUCAAUUCGGUUCCUCUUUAUAUGUCCUGUAGGUUGACAGUAGGAGCCAAUAGAGCUUUGACAAAACCAGUGAAAAUAUGACUUUUAGUGACAACAUGUUUUAAUUUUUCUUCUUUCUAGCACCUGAUGAGAUACAACUUGUAUGUUGCGAUAGGAGAUAUAAUACUCAGUGGUAGGGCAAAAUAAUGAACAUCGAGUAUCUGAAUUAUUAGUGUUUUCCCCUAAUGCUGUUAUUUCUAGGAUUAUUUUCUGAAGAACUGGAUAGGAUUUGUUUUACAGUUGCAUCGCCUAACUCUAAUUUGGAAAACCCUUUGGUCCAUGCCCCGACUUAAUGAAGCAGUUUGCUGAAAGUGAAGCUCUAAACAUCUUCACUUAAUUAAUGUGAGAAAAAAGAAAAAAAGAAAAAAAAGUUGAACACUUGCAAAUGUUCCAGUGGCUCAAGUUAAUUGUAACACCCCCCCCAACUGUAAUUCUGUGGUGUAAUAUUUUUCUUUUAUUUCCGAUAAGAACAAAUAAAACAUUGCUAGUUCUGUCUGGAGGCUGCAUGAAACAGCUCCUCUACAUGUGUGCAAACUGUUACUGUUUUUAGUUUGUUUUCCUUCUGCUGCUCUGCUGUACCUCGGUUCAUACCCACCGAUUUUUACUCUCCAGCUCCUGGCUGUAAAAAAUGAAAAGUCCUCACUACUGUAGUCCUCAGUUGGACUUAACAU